AUAGGUGUCGCCGGCCCUAUUGCUGUGGACGUGAUUACGAGCGUCGGGUGCGUAGAAGGCCCCGGGUUCAUCAUAGCCCACACCUGCUUCGGCCCCCCGCGCCUUCACUCUUUCUGCCUUCCGUCUUCUCCACGCUUGGCGGGCCAUUCCCACGGACUUUGGUGCCAUGGAUCGUCAAAAUAAAGCAACGGGUGGCAGCGGCCUCUUCAGUGGGAAUAUGAGCAGCGGUCCGGGUGCUAGCGGUACCAACAGCCCAAGGCCCUAUCAACAACAGCAGCAGCCUCCCCCUCCUCUGCACUCGCGCCCGCGGGACAUGCCCGUGGGGGCACCCCCUGUGUAUCAACGCCCUUCGCUGACAGGCGCGGGCCUUUUCACAUCCGCAGGGGGCGGGAUGGCAAGCCUCUUUGCCAACCCAAACUCCUCUCUCCCCGCAGCGUCCAGCAACUUCCAGGGUUUAUACUCUGGGAGCAACGCUCACCUUAUGAACAACAACGCGAGCAAGCCCGGGCAGGAUUGGCACCGUGGUCUCCCCCCUCCUUCCUACUCUCUCCCCUAUAAUGCUCCGAGCCCCGCUUUCCCCGGUCGUCCCUCCAUGCCCCCGUCCCACGCAGCAUUGAUGCAGAACGCCCUGGUCUAUCUGGAGCUCGUGCAACGCACCUUUGCGCACCAGCCCGACAUAUACGCCUCCUUUCUGAGCGUGAUGAGGGAGCACAAGGAAGGGCGCCGGGAUACCCCCAACCUCUGUGGGCAGGUCUCGCGCUUGUUCCAAGGGCAGGAUUCCCUACUCCGAGGCUUUCAAGACUUUUUGAGCGGGAUCCACGCCGUCGAUCCGCCCCUUCCUUCCCCAGCCCCAUCGGUCCCGGGGCCGGCGUCCUUCCCGCACUCCAUGGGCCAUCCCUCAGGGUAUCGGGGAUGGAACGCACGCCCCUCCGCCCCGCCCUCCCACCCUCCCUUCCUGCCCGGAGGAAACGGGACCCGGCCCCCCCUGCAGACCGGUGUGACGGAAGGGGGAGGGGAGGCGAAGGAGGACGUGAGCAUGGAGGACGCGGUCCUGUACAUGGACCGGGUCAAGUCCGCCUACGCCGACAAGCCCGAGGUAGGCCCCUCCCUCCCUCCCGCCCUCCUCUCCUGCCUCCCUCCCUCCCUUCCGCCCUCCUCCCCUGCCUCCCUCCCUCCCUUCCGCCCUCCUCUCCUGCCUCCCUCUGUGCUCCCCCCCGUGCUCCCUCUUUGUUUGUCCUCCCAGCCCGACAUCUGCCCA